UUGGUUUGGUUCUUAUCAGGGUUGGAUGAGUUAUCGUUUCUGUUACCAAGAUGUACAUAAAGCAGAUCAUUAUCGAAGGCUUUAAGAGCUACAGAGAACAAAUUGCUACUGAACCAUUCAGUCCAAAAGUUAAUUGUGUUGUUGGUGCUAAUGGAUCUGGGAAGACGAACUUCUUCUAUGCGAUACGAUUUGUACUCAGUGAUCUCUUCCAAAACCUACGCAGUGAAGAUCGGCAUGCUCUUCUCCACGAAGGUGCAGGCCACCAAGUGCUAUCUGCUUUUGUGGAGAUAGUUUUUGAUAAUGCUGACAAUCGCAUCCCUGUUGACAAGGAGGAAGUGCGCUUACGAAGAACAAUUGGUCUCAAGAAGGAUGAGUAUUUCUUGGACGGAAAACAUAUCACGAAGACAGAAGUUAUGAAUUUAUUGGAAAGUGCUGGGUUUUCUCGUUCCAAUCCUUACUAUGUUGUGCAACAAGGGAAGAUAGCAUCGUUAACAUUAAUGAAAGAUUCCGAGCGCCUGGAUCUGCUGAAGGAAAUAGGUGGCACCCGUGUUUACGAGGAAAGACGCCGCGAAAGCUUGAAAAUUAUGCAAGAAACUGGUACUAAGAGGACACAGAUAAUUCAAGUUGUUCAAUACUUGGAUGAGAGAUUAAGAGAGCUGGAUGAAGAGAAAGAGGAAUUGAAAAAAUAUCAGCAGCUUGACAAGCAGCGAAAAUCUCUGGAAUAUACAGUAUAUGACAAGGAACUCAAUGAUGCUAGACAGAAAUUGGCAGAGAUAGAUGAGGCUCGAAGCAAGGUUUCUGAGAAGUCAACUAAGAUGUAUAAUAGUGUGCUGGAUGCUCAUGAAAAUUCCAAGGACUUGGAGAAGAAAUUUAAAGACCUAACCAAAGAUAUUCAAGGUUUAAACAAGGAGAAAGAAGCAAGAGAAAAACGGCGCACAGAAACAAUAAAGAAACAUGCACAGGUUGAGCUUGAUGUCAAAGAUCUGGAAGAGAGAAUUUCUGGGAACAUUCGAGCAAAGGAGGAUGCUGCAAGGCAGCUCGAGAUUUUACAGAAAGAAAUUCAGGAUUCCAGGGAUGAACUGGACAAAAUUAAGCCUCUAUAUGAAGCCCAAGUGAUUGAAGAGGAAGAAAUAACAAAAGGAAUAAUGGAUCGUGAAAAGCAGCUUAGCAUUCUUUAUCAAAAACAGGGUCGUGCCACCCAGUUUUCUAGUAAAGCUGCACGUGACAAAUGGCUUCAAAAAGAAAUUGAUGAAAGUCAAAAAGCUCUUUCAGCAAAUUUGGUCCAGGAGAAGAAGGUUCAAAAUGAAAUCCAGCAGCUUAAUGCUAAUCUGAAAGAGUGGGAUCUGUCCAUAGAGAAGCGGAAGACUGAGGCAAGAAAAAUUGAAUCCAAUAUCCUCAAGUCUCGGGAAGGUUUCAGUAGUUUCAAGAAGCAAAGGGAUCGCCUACAAGAUGAUCGGAAGUCCCUUUGGGCGAAAGAAAGCGAGCUUCUCACCGAAAUUGAUACACUUAAGGCAGAUGUCGUGAAGGCAGAAAAGAGCCUGGAUCAUGCUACUCCUGGUGAUAUCAGAAGAGGGUUGAGUUCUGUCCGAAGGAUCAUUAGAGAUUAUAACAUUGAAGGAGUUAUAGGUCCAAUUCUCGAGUUGCUUGAUUGUGAAGAAAAGUUUUUUACUGCUGUGGAAGUUACUGCUGGAAACAGCUUGUUUCAUGUGGUUGUUGAGACGGAUGAAAUAUCAACUCAAAUAAUAAGACACCUUAAUGCAUUAAAAGGUGGGCGAGUUACUUUUAUACCAUUGAACAGGGUGAGGGCCCCACAUGUAACCUAUCCUAGGAGUUCGGAUGUGAUACCUUUGAUAGACAAACUGAAAUUCUCUCGCAAUCUUUCUCCAGCUUUUGCACAGGUAUUUGGUAGAACGUUAGUUUGCCGAGAUUUGGAUGUGGCUACAAGGGUUGCUCGAAGUGAUGGUUUGGACUGCAUAACUUUGGAAGGUGAUCAAGUGAGCAAGAAAGGUGGUAUGACUGGAGGAUUUUAUGAUUAUAGGCGUUCGAAACUGAAGUUUAUGAACAUUAUUAGGCAAAACACAAAGUCCAUCAAUGCGAAGGGAGAGGAACUGAAAAAGAUUAGACUGGAUCUCGAAGUGAUAGACAAGGAAAUUACAGAGCAUGUUAGUGAUCAGCAGAAAUUUGAUGCCAAAUUGGCUCAUGACAAGUCAGAAUUGGAACAAAUUAAGCAGGAUAUUGCAAAUGCAACCAAACAGAAAGACUCCAAUCGCAAAGCCCUUGAAAAUAAGGAAAAGUCGCUUGCAACAACCUUCAGUCAAAUAGAGCAGCUCAAAUCUGAUGUGGCCAUGAAGCAUUCUGAAAUGGGAACAGAUCUUAUUGAUCACUUAACGGCAGAGGAGAAGAAUCUUCUUUCAAAAUUGAAUCCUGAAAUCACGGAGCUGAAAGAAAAGAUUAUUGCCUGCAAGGCAGAGCGCGUAGAGAUUGAAACAAGAAAAAGUGAGCUUGAUGCUAACCUAAAAACCAACCUUGAGAGAAGGCAACAAGAGUUGCAAGCUAUUAUAUCUUCCGUGACUGACACGUUUGACGGGGAACUUGAACUGAAGAGGCAGGAACUGAAGGAUGCUAAAACAUCAGUUGAUGAUGCAACACAACAACUUAAAGGAAUUGCAGAAAAUAUAGAUGAGAGAACAAAGGAAGUCAAGAAGAUCAAAGAUGAGAAAACAAAAUUAAAGACUUUGGAAGACAAUUAUGAAAGGACGCUUCAGGAUGAAGCAAAAGAACUGGAGCAGUUGUUAAGUAAAAGGAGCAUGUUUCUUUCUAAACAAGAAGAUUGCAUGAAGAAAAUUAGGGAUCUGGGUUCAUUACCGUCGGAUGCCUUUGAAAUGUAUAAGCGGAAGAGCACAAAAGAGUUGAAUAAAAUGCUUUCCAAGUGCCAGGAACAACUGCAGCAAUUUAGCCAUGUAAACAAGAAAGCACUUGAUCAAUAUGUCAAUUUCACAGAGCAACGAGAGGAGCUACAGAAAAGGCAAGCUGAAUUGGAUGCAGGGGAUGAGAAAAUUAGUGAAUUGAUCUCUGUUUUGGAUCAAAGGAAAGAUGAAUCAAUCGAACGUACAUUCAAAGGUGUUGCUAGGCACUUCCGAGAAGUAUUCUCUGAGCUUGUUCAAGGUGGCCAUGGUUUCUUGGUUAUGAUGAAGAAAAAGGAUGGAGAUCCUGGUGACGAAGAUCUUGAUGAUCUGCCUCGUGAGGUGGAACCAGAGGGAAGGGUCGAAAAAUAUACUGGAGUAAAAGUGAAGGUUUCUUUUACUGGACAGGGGGAGACACAAUCAAUGAAGCAACUCUCUGGGGGUCAGAAAACUGUUGUCGCCUUGGCACUGAUUUUUGCCAUACAACGGUGUGACCCUGCCCCCUUUUAUCUUUUUGAUGAGAUUGACGCGGCAUUAGAUCCACAGUACAGGACUGCUGUUGGAAACAUGAUCCGCCGCCUUGCAGACAUGGCAAAUACUCAGUUUAUAACCACAACGUUCCGGCCAGAGCUUGUGAAAGUUGCUGACAAGAUAUAUGGGGUGACACAUAAGAAUAGGGUCAGCCGUGUUAACGUGGUCUCGAAAGAAGAAGCCCUGGAUUUUAUUGAGCAUGAUCAGGCCCACAACUGAGUAAAAGAUCUACAGGUUGGAAUCCUUGAUUUAUUCCCCGACUUAGACUUUCUAGUUUAAUAUUCUGUGGAUGACAUUAUUUUUCUUGUAGGUAUUGGUCCCUUGGAGGAUUAAUGAACUUAAAAAUUCCUCCUAAAUUUGGAUGACAUGCAUUCCUCCGUCUUGGCUGGAUCCAGUCUCAAUACAGUGCCAUGUUAUCAUGCAUGGAAAAUCUGGAGUUAGCCACACCGUGAAUAGAUUGCAAAUUUAUACAUAAUCUGUUUGAUGU